AGUUUGCGAACGUAAAUUACUUCCAGACAUUGAGAACACUUCACUCUGACAAUUUUGCUCACCAUAGCAUAACUAGUUAGGCUGUGUUCAUGUUAUCUAGAGCGUUAGUGGCUGUAACUGUGUUGCUAGCAACAAUUUUAAUUCCGUUUUUUGUCAACCUUUACUGACACAUGUCAUAUUCAAAGGAUGUUUUGCGUUCGUAAAUUCAUCAGUUAAUCUGUGCUCUGGCAGAUACGAUUCCAAUGUAGUUUCCCCUACUCCUCAAAGUAUCACUGGUAUAGCUACCAAUGUGAUCUAUUUGUACUUUUACUUCCGUAUCUAGAUCUUCUGAGCACAUAACCACAACUACCACACUGUAUGUAGCUAGCUUGUCGUAGGUUUUACGAUUAUCAGGGUCAGUUAGCUACUAGAUAAUUGAAACAGUUACUGCUUAACUCAGGAAAUAGCUAGCUAUGUCCAAACCAAAGUUUGUUGUGUUUGACCUGGAUUAUACUCUUUGGCCCUUCUGGGUGAAUAGCUAUGUGGACCCACAAUUUCACAAAAACAAAGAGGGAGUGGUGUUGAAUGCAAGGUGGGAGAAAAUCCAACUGUUCCCCGAAACAGUGGACAUAUUGACUUCUCUACAUGGCCAAGGGAUCCAGAUUGGAGUGGCAUCACGCACAGAUGAGGUAGAUGGAGCCAAUCAGCUGUUGUCCCUCUUCAAUCUCAACCAAUACAUAUCCUUCAAGGAAAUAUACCCGGGGUCAAAGGUCCCUCACUUCAAAAAGCUCCAGGCAGACAGUGGAUUCAAAUUCAGUGAGAUGAUGUUCUUUGAUGACGAACACAGGAACAUCACAGCAGUCAGUCGACUAGGUGUGUACUGUGUUCUGGUCCCUGAACUCUGGUUUCUCUCUCAGGUGUGCACUGUGUUCUGGUCCCUGAACUCUGGUUUCUCUCUCAGGUGUGCACUGUGUUCUGGUCCCUGAACUCUGAUUUCUCUCUCAGGUGUGCACUGUGUUCUGGUCCCUGAACUCUGGUUUCUCUCUCAAGUGUGCACUGUGUUCUGGUCCCUGAACUCUGGUUUCUCUCUCAGGUGUGCACUGUGUUCUGGUCCCUGAACUCUGGUUUCUCUCUCAGGUGUGCACUGUGUUCUGGUCCCUGAACUCUGGUUUCUCUCUCAGGUGUGCACUGUGUUCUGGUCCCUGAACUCUGGUUUCUCUCUCAGGUGUGCACUGUGUUCUGGUCCCUGAACUCUGAUUUCUCUCUCAGGUGUGCACUGUGUUCUGGUCCCUGAACUCUGGUUUCUCUCUCAUGUGUGCACUGUGUUCUGGUCCCUGAACUCUGGUUUCUCUCUCAGGUGUGCACUGUGUUCUGGUCCCUGAACUCUGGUUUCUCUCUCAGGUGUGCACUGUGUUCUGGUCCCUGAACUCUGGUUUCUCUCUCAGGUGUGCACUGUGUUCUGGUCCCUGAACUCUGGUUUCUCUCUCAGGUGUGCACUGUGUUCUGGUCCCUGAACUCUGGUUUCUCUCUCAGGUGUGCACUGUGUUCUGGUCCCUGAACUCUGGUUUCUCUCUCAGGUGUGCACUGUGUUCUGGUCCCUGAACUCUGGUUUCUCUCUCAGGUGUGCACUGUGUUCUGGUCCCUGAACUCUGGUUUCUCUCUCAGGUGUGCACUGUGUUCUGGUCCCUGAACUCUGGUUUCUCUCUCAGGUGUGCACUGUGUUCUGGUCCCUGAAGGAGUGACUAUGAAAUUAGUCAAUGAAGCGCUUCUGCAGUUCUCCCAGGGUGCAAAAUGAGGACUUGAGGACAGAAUUGAUGCAAUACAUACAGUGCUUUGCAAAAGUAUUUAUCCCCCUUGGCGUUUUUCCUAUUUUGUUGCAUAACAACCUGUAAUUUAAAUGGAUUUUUAUUUGGAUUUCAUGUAAUGGACAUACACAAAAUAGCCCAAAUUGCUAAAGUGAAAUUUAAAAAAUGACAGAAAAGUGGUACGUGCAUAUGUAUUCAACCCCUUUGCUAUGAAGCCCCUAAAUGAGAUCUGGUUCAACCAAUUACCUUCAGAAGUCACAUAAUUACUUAAAUAAAGUCUACCCGUGUUCAAGCUAAGUGUCACAUAAUCUGUCAAAUGAUCUCAGUAUAUAUAUACACCUGUUCUGAAAGGCCCCAGAGUCUGCAACACCACUAAGCAUGGGGCACCACCAAGCAAGCGGCACCAUGAAGACCAAGGAGCUCUCCAAACAGGUCAGGGACAAAGUUGUGAAGAAGUGCAGAUCAGGGUUGGGUUAUAAAAAAAUAUCUGAAACUUUGAACAUCCCAUGGAGCACCAUUAAAUCCAUUAUUAAAAAAAUGGAAAGAAUAUGGCUGCACAACAAACCUGCCAAGAGAGGGCCGCCCACAAAACUCACGGACCAAUCAGAGAGGCAACAAAGAGACCAUAGAUAACCCUGAAGGAGCUGCAAUGCUCCACAGCAGAGAUUGGAGUAUCUGUCUAUAGGACCACUUUAAGCCGUACAUUCCACAGUGCUGGGCUUUAUGGAAGUGUGACCAGAAAAAAGCCAUUGCUUAAAGAAAAAAAUAAGCAAACACGUUUGAUGUUCACCAAAAAGGCAUGUGGGAGACUUCCCAAACAUAUAGAAGAAGAUUUUCUGGUCAGAUGAGGCUAAAAUUGAGCUUUUUGGCCAGCAAGGAAAACACUAUGUCUGGCGCAAACCCAACACCUCUCAUCACCCCGACCACAGCAUCCCCACAGUGAAGCGUGGUGGCAGCAUUAGGCUGUGGGGAUGUUUUUCAUCGGCAGGGACUGGGAAAUUGGUCAGAAUUGAAGGAAUGAUGGAGGGCACAAAAUACAGGGAAAUUCUUGAGGGAAACCUGUUUCAGUCUUGCAAAGAUUUGUGACUGGGACGGAGGUUCACCUUUCAGCAGGGCAAUACACUAAGCAUACUGCUAAAGCAACACUCAAGUGGUUUAAGGGGAAACAUUUAAAUGUAUUGGAAUGGACUAGUAAAAGCCCAUACGUCAAUCCAAUUGAGAAUCUGUGGUCUGACUUAAAGAUUCUUUAUCCCUUUACACUUGUAUGGUAGUAGUUUUGGAAUUGUUAGGUUAGAUUACUCGUUGGUUAUUACUGCAUUGACGGGACUAGAAGCACAAGCAUUUCACUACACUCACAUCUGCUAACCAUGUGUAUGUGACAAAUACAUUUGAUUUGAUUUUGAAGAUUGCUCUACACCAGCGGAACCCAUCCAACUUGAUGGAGCUGGAGCAGUUUUGCCUUGAAGAAUGGACAAAAAUCCCAGUGGCUAGAUGUGCCAAGCUUAUAGAUACAUAGCCCAAGAGACUUUAUUUUUUUUAUUUUACUAGGCAAGUCAGUUAAGAACAAAUUCUUAUUUUCAAUGACAGUGGGAUAACUGCCUGUUCAGGGGCAGAACGACAGAUUUGUACCUUGUCAGCUCGGGGAUUCGAACUUGCAACCUUUCGGUUACUAGUCCAACGCUCUAACCACUAGGCUACCCUGCCGCCCCAGAUUACUCGUUGGUUAUUACUGCAUUGUCGGGACUAGUAGGCAUGUUGUGUAAAUCAAAUGAUUCAAACCCCCCAAAAAUCGAUUUUAAUUCCAGAUUGUAAGGCAACAAAAUAGGAAAAAAUGCUACGGGGUGUGAAUACUUUUGCAAGCCACUGUAUACUUUACCUCUUGGGACAUUGUUGUACUGCCACAAAUCUGAUUCAUACAGAAUUUUUUAAACUCCAGGCUGUGAUCUCAAACCUCAUUACUUCACUUCAUUCAGUGUUACUGCAAGAUGAGAGCAAUGUUUGAGAAGAUGGACGAAUGUUUUCUUCAUGGCUUUUUAUGUGUAUAAUCAACGAUACUUCAAGGGUGGCCAGGGCCAGAGCAAUCAAUAUGUUAUAAAUGUAUUGAAUUGGAAUUCAAGGUACAUGAAAUAACGUUCUCUGUCUUGUUUAUUAAUUUGACCAAUUCUAUUAUACUUAUUAUUACUGUUGCAGAGAAAAUAUUUAAAAAAAAUAUAUAUAUAAAAGCAUUUUUUUAAAUGAA